CUGUAACCUCACUUCCCACUCUUACGUAUCACAUAAUUUGUCAGAAUAUUAAAUCAAAUCAAUUACAACUUCAAAUUUACUAUAAGUACUCUCCAUGCGGAUCCCAACGUUUCCUAAUCUCGUCCGUACAUUUUAUACUAUAAGCAAUUAUACCCUUUCUCGUCUACCAGCAACUCAAUACAAAGCCCUUCAACCCAUCACUAGAGGAACUGUCCUGCGAUCUAUGCCAACCAUCCCAUUUCUCUCAGCUUUUUUUGGUACUUCUAGCUCCCAACAAAUGUCUUACCCGGUCCAAAAAUCCGAGGAAGAAUGGCGAGCUGUUCUCUCUAAAGGUAAGCUUUGCCGGGCCAUCCUAAUUUACUAUAUAAACCCAUCUAACAUCUCCCAAGAACAAUUCCGAGUCCUCCGCAAGCAAGGCACUGAAGCUCCCCAUGUUGGCAAAUACGACAAACACAUGCCCGAUUCUGGCGUCUACACAUGCGCCGGCUGCGAUGCCCCUCUAUACCAAGCCUCCCACAAGUUCAAAUCUGGAUGUGGAUGGCCCGCGUACUUUGAUAAUAUUCCUGGCGCCGUAACAAGACACACGGAUAAUACUUUGGGCAUGCAGCGAACCGAAAUCGUUUGUUCGAAUUGUGGAGGCCAUUUAGGACAUGUGUUUAAGGGCGAAGGAUUCAAUACGCCUACGGAUGAAAGACACUGUGUCAAUAGUGUGAGCAUGAAGUUUGCGCCGGGAGAUGAGAUCGUAGAUGGCUCGAAGAAGAACGGAGAAAGUAAGGCUUGAUUCGGGAGUGGUGUAUAAUAUCGGAAGGAGGUGGUGAAGGGACGGCGAAGCCGAACUCAAAUAGGAGAGAGACUGUAACGAUACCGACGCGAAGAUGAUUAACGAACUAGCAAGUGCUACCUGUAUUGAUAGUAAUCC